CUUUGGUGUGCAAUUGGCUGUCCGAGGAGAAUUUUAUAUGCUAAGUUAACGAGUGAAAUGCUCAUAUGAAGCGCUCAAAGUAUACGAGACCAGAAAGACACACCCACAGGCCCAGUCGUCUCCUUCAAACUGCUCGAUGAUGUGGGCCUUAUCCUGCGCCACGUCUGCUUAUCCUAUGCUCACUCUCCGAGCUUCUUUACCCAUGGCUACUACUCGUUCAUGCUCUCCAGUCUCAGUCCCUACCAAUCACCAUUAUCAUCAGAAAGACUCUCCUUUUGUUCCAGAGGUUGCGGAAGCAGUGGACUCCUUGUAUUCAGAGUUCAGAGCCGUGGAUAAUUUGGUGGCACACAAUACAACCCGUGUUCUCAAAGCUUUCCAGAAUGCUCGAGUUGGAUCUCAUCACUUCGCCGGAUGCACUGGCUAUGGUCAUGAUGAAGCCGGGGGACGUGAAGCGCUUGACCAAGCUUUUGCAGAAAUUGUUGGGGCUGAAUCUUCUAUAGUUCGCUCACAGUUUUUUUCAGGAACUCAUGCUAUAACCUGUGCUUUAUUUGCUUUUCUAAGGCCGGGGGAUGAGCUUUUGGCAGUUGCUGGUCCUCCCUAUGACACGCUAGAGGAAGUUAUUGGAAAGAGAGACUCUCAUGGGAUGGGAUCCUUGAUAGAUUUUGGUGUGAAAUACCGUGAAGUUCCACUUGCUGAAAAUGGUGGCCUUGACUGGGAUGCGCUUAUGCAUGCUUUGAGACCUGAAACAAAAUGUGCACUCAUACAGAGGUCAUGUGGUUAUUCAUGGCGUCAGAGUUUAAGUGUAGAUGAGAUAAAGCGAGCAAUUAAGAUAAUUAAGACGCAGAAUCCUAAUUGCUUGGUCCUGGUUGAUAAUUGUUAUGGUGAAUUUGUGGAAAGCAUUGAACCUCCAAUGGUGGGUGCAGAUUUAAUUGCUGGCAGUUUGAUAAAAAAUCCUGGUGGAACUAUAUCACCAUGCGGUGGAUAUGUUGCAGGGAAAGAAAAAUGGGUAAAAGCAGCAGCAGCUCGUUUAUCUGCACCUGGCCUUGGAGUUGAUUGCGGCUCAACUCCUGGUGACAUUAUGCGAGCAUUUUUCCAGGGUUUGUUCCUCUCACCUCAAAUGGUAGGCGAAGCUAUCAAGGGUACACUCCUAGUUGCUGAAGUUAUGGCAUCCAAAGGGUAUAAGGUGCAGCCACUUCCUCGUGUUCCUCGUCAUGACACAGUACAGGCCAUACAGCUUGGAAGCCGGGAGCGUCUUCUUGCUUUCUGUGAGGCUGUACAGAGAAGCUCCCCAGUAGGUUCAUUUACUAGACCAAUUGCCGGUACAACUCCUGGAUAUGCAUCAGAGGUGAUCUUUGCUGAUGGGACCUUCAUUGAUGGGAGUACAAGUGAGCUUUCAUGUGAUGGACCAUUAAGAGAGCCAUUUGCUGUAUUUUGCCAGGGCGGCUCCCAUUGGACUCAGUGGGGACUAGUUCUUGGAGAGGUUUUAAAAGCCAUAUGAUGUAGAACCAAAUUUUUGCAAAGAGGACAGCAAGGUUGUAUAGAAUGGAAUGUUUUCAGGGAUGCCAUUAAUGUCUAUUUAUCGUGCAAGAAAUACGUGUUAUGGCAGCUUUAAGAUAUACCCUUUCCCCGAUUGCUGUAGCCUGUAUAACAGAAGUGACAUCAAACUCACCUCAAUUUUUUGAUACAAGCUUGGCGGAUCAGUUUAUUGUAACGGGAGCUACUACUCAAACCCAAGGGGACAAGUGAGGAUACUGUCUGAGGAAGUUUUUACUCCAUAUGGUUUUCUUUGAUUUGGGACGCGAUGCAAGAAAAUCAGUCACUGAAGUGUAGCUUGGAAAUGAGUUGAAUCUUACAAUUUUUGCCUUAAUAUUAUACAUUGAUAUUUGCCACUCAUUUUGCAAUUUUUCUCAUUAACUCAUUACAUCGAUUGGUGAAACAGAGUGGAGCUGAUCAGAGUGAAAAAUUUAUAUUUGGGAGAGAUGAAUAGUUUGCUGAA